AUGCCUCUCUCUGUGCAGCUGAAGACGCCUAUCACUGGCGAAUAUACCCAGCCGACUGGUUUGUUCAUCAACAACGAGUGGGUUGAGGGUGUUGACAAGAAGACCUUCGAAGUCAUUAACCCUACUACUGAGGAGGUCAUUUGCUCCGUCUCUGAAGCUACGGAGAAAGAUGUAGACAUUGCAGUAGCCGCAGCCCGUAAAGCUUUUAACGGCUCGUGGCGCCAAACCACCCCUCAGCAGCGAGGUAUCCUCCUGCUGAAGCUAGCAGACAUUCUAGAGAAGAAUAUAGACCUAUUAGCCGCAGUCGAAUCUCUCGACAAUGGCAAGUCUAUUUCCAUGGCUAGGGGUGACGUCAAUGCCGUUAUUGGUACCGUCAGAUACUACGGUGGUUGGGCUGACAAGAUCGAGGGUAAAACCAUCGAUAUCAACCACGAAUCUUUCCAUUACACCAGACAAGAACCGAUCGGAGUUUGUGGUCAAAUCAUUCCCUGGAACUUCCCCCUGUUGAUGUUGGCUUGGAAGAUCGGACCUGCUCUUUGCACUGGAAACACUGUUGUUCUCAAGACUGCCGAGCAAACGCCCCUUUCUGGUCUCGUCUUCGCUCAAUUCGUCAAGGAGGCAGGUUUCCCUCCUGGAGUUCUUAACAUCAUUUCUGGAUUCGGCAAAAUAGCCGGUGCUGCUAUCGCUUCCCACAUGGAUGUCGACAAGGUCGCAUUCACCGGCUCCACCGUUGUCGGUCGUGCCAUCAUGAAGGCUGCUGCUUCAUCCAACCUCAAGAAGGUUACCUUGGAGCUCGGUGGAAAGUCUCCUAACAUCGUCUUCGACGAUGCAGACAUUGAGCAGGCAAUCUCCUGGGUCAACUUCGGUAUCUACUACAACCACGGUCAAUGCUGCUGCGCUGGUUCCCGAGUUUACGUGCAAGAAGGAAUCUACGACAAGUUUAUUGCAGCAUUCAAGAAGCGAGCGGAGGCCAAUUCCGUUGGUGACCCUUUCGACGAGAAUACAUUCCAGGGUCCCCAGGUCAGCAAGCUUCAGUAUGACCGUAUCAUGGGGUACAUUGAGGAGGGUAAGAAGGGCGGCGCUACUCUUGCGACGGGUGGUGAGCGCCACGGCGAUAAGGGCUACUUCAUUAAGCCAACAAUCUUCACCGACGUCACUCACGACAUGAAGAUCAUGCAAGAGGAAAUCUUCGGCCCUGUUGUAGCAGUAGCCAAGUUUAAGACCGAAGACGAAGUCAUACAUCUAGGUAACGACAGCUCUUAUGGACUGGCAGCUGCCGUACACACUAGCAACCUCAACACUGCUCUCCGAGUCAGCAAUGAGCUACGUGCCGGUACCAUCUGGGUGAACAGCUACAAUCUUCUUCACCACCAACUGCCAUUUGGCGGCUACAAGGAAAGCGGCAUUGGCCGAGAAUUGGGCGAGGCAGCGCUCGCCAACUACACACAAAGCAAAUCCGUGUCCAUCAGACUGGGUGGUCCGUUGUACUAA